CUCGGUGUCCAUGAUCUCCAUGCAGUGUUUACUCCAAGUCCCAGAAACUAGAAACAACCUGUGUGCCUGCCACGUCGUGUCUGACUGCGUACAUCCCAUGCUAAGGUGUUUCCUCCAACAAUCCAGUCGAUAGCUUUUCCACGUUGAUUAGUUCAUUGCAACAAGCUCUUUUUUUUCCGCCGUGGUUCCCCCAACCACCCCACCCCUCCAUCACUCUCCCCACCGAGCUGCCAUAUUACACCAAUUGUCGGGAACUUACUCGGACCGUGACAUCUGGGGUUUACCACCACCAUCUGACUGUCAGGUUUGCUCCAAAGAAGACGAAAAAGAAGGAAAAAGACACAUAUUUUGCUAUCAUGGCUUCUUUUAAGUUGGAUUUUCUCCCAGAGAUGAUGGUGGAUCACUGUUCUUUGAAUUCUAGUCCUGUUGGAAAGAAGAUGAACGGGUCCCUGGACCAUGCUGACCAACCGGAUGUGGAUGCCAUUAAGAUGUUUGUAGGACAGAUUCCACGGUCUUGGUCUGAGGAGCAACUACGUGAGCUAUUUGAACCUUAUGGAGCAGUGUAUGAGAUUAAUAUUCUCAGAGACCGUAGCCAAAAUCCACCUCAGAGUAAAGGCUGCUGCUUUGUGACUUACUAUACGCGCAAAUCAGCCUUAGAAGCACAGAACGCUCUGCACAACAUGAAGAUUCUGCCUGGGAUGCAUCAUCCAAUCCAGAUGAAGCCAGCUGAUAGUGAGAAAAACAAUGGGUGCGCAUUUGUAACAUUUACAGCUCGACAAAUGGCCCAGUCAGCCAUAAAAUCCAUGCACCAGUCCCAGACCAUGGAGGGUUGUUCAUCACCCAUUGUGGUGAAGUUCGCAGACACUCAGAAGGACAAGGAGCAGAAGCGCCUGGCUCAACAGCUGCAGCAGCAGAUGCAGCAGCUCAGCGCUGCAUCAAUGUGGGGAAAUCUCACUGGGUUUAACAGUCUGGGGCCACAGUAUCUAGCAGUAACUCUACUUACAGUUACUACAGCAGUCAACAUCCACAGGGAACGCACUCACCAAUUUGCACCAAGUUUCAGCCUCAUAUGUCUUAAUACCAUGCAGAACCUGGCUGCUUUAGCAGCAGCAGCAACAGCCACACAGGGCCCACCUACAGGUUCCAGCUCCAUGACGACUUCUAGUAGCCCGCUAAGUGGACUAACGAGCUCAGGUUCUCCUCCCACCUCAACCAGUAACUCCUCCAUCAACCCCAUGGCACCUUUAGGGGCCCUGCAAUCUCUGGCUGCGAGUGCCAGCAUCAACAUGGGCUCUUUGGCAGGCAUGGCAGCACUAAAUGGCAGCCUUGCCUCCAGCAGUCUGUCUAAUGGCUCAGGUAAUACCAUGGAAGCACUGAGUCAGGCCUACUCAGGAAUCCAGCAGUAUGCUGCUGCAGCCCUCCCCAGCUUGUACAAUCAAAGCCUGUUGUCCCAGCAAAAUGUCUCUGCUGCAGGCAGCCAGAAAGAAGGAUUUGUGAGCUAUGACAACCCAGUUUCAUCACAGGCAGCAAUCCAGUCAAUGAAUGGCUUCCAGAUUGGUAUGAAAAGGCUGAAGGUACAACUGAAGCGCUCAAAGAAUGACAGCAAGCCCUACUGAGGGUGGUAAAUCACUCCUAACUUAGUUGAGCAGGAUGUUAUGGUAAGUGGAGUAUAGAUAAGAUUAGUCUUCUCAGAAAGUGUCUGUCCAUCAUAGGGCUGAUGAAUUGCCUCUUCUGGUCAUUAAACAAUCCCCAGACCUUUUUUUCCUUUUGUUUUUCUCUCAUGUGUUAAGACAAUCGAUUUUAUUUUAGUAAAUAGUUUGUCCUGUUGCUGUGGUAGGUAAUGCAUAAUAUUAUGAACUUUUUAAGUAAUGUUGCACAUUAACCAUCAGGUCACAGAUCCUCUCCACCAAUCCACUCUCAGCUUUCUAAAAACAGAUAGCAGGUAGGGAGAAAAAUCUGCAUUUAAAGAAGUAAUGACAAAACUCUUAGUUUUUUUAACUCUAAACUUUAUUAAUAUGCAAGAGGGUUUCUACUUCUUAUUAAUAAAAAGCCUGUUCAUGCUUCAAACUGGUCUCUCUUGAACUCUGUUUCAGGCAGAGGACCAGCUGCACACAGAUGGUUGUCUAUUAUAUCUGUGAUCAUCUGAGAUCCGAUAAACCUUAUUUUGUUUGUGAGUAGUAUCUAAUAAUGUCAUAUUAAUGAUUGAUUAUAUUUGGAUUGUUGUCUGAGUGCAACAGCGGUUGCCUGGUUUCAUGAAAUGCCCCUGGGUGUGUAAUUAAAUUCAUUGAUGGUUUGUGAGCUAAGCCAACAUCGGAUAAACACGCUUUUGGAUAUUACAUUGUCAUUAUCCCGUACUCAAUCAAACUAUUAUGCCUGUCAGGACGGUUGAAAAUGCAUGUAGAUAUAGAUGUUUUCUUACUGACUGGGAUGAGAUUAGGUUAUUAUGGACUGUAACCAUUAAUUCAGAACAAAUUCCAUCAUUUUGUUCAUUUUCAUGCCAAAGCUUUUUGUAAACAAACCAAAAUGUGAACAAUAAAGUACAUCUUCUUUAAACAUUAAUGUAUAAAUUAAUGACAACAACAACAAAAAAAAGACAAUGUGUUCCUUCCUUGCCAGGGCUUAAAGUAAGGUAAAUAAAACAGCAGAAGAUCAUUCCAUGGCAUAUUUUUCAGUGUGUAAUUAUUUAUCAAACGAAAACUGAGACAAAACGCUGAGGCCGUUGGUGAAAAACAAAUCCACCCAGGACUCAGCAGGUCGUCGAACCACAUUAAACAGCAGCUGGGGUCUAAGCUUUGACAGGACCAUAGCAGCACUUUGGCUCUUUUCUUAUUCAGUCACGCUGUCAUAGAUUUGCUGCCCUGCCUGUUAUAGCUACAUCUUUUGGGCCUCACAUUCGACUGUGGAAUGCCUUGGUAUCCAGAUGAAUGUAUUGGGGUUCCCAGGUCCUGUGGCUGUACAACCAGCCCCGAUCAUCACCCCUCUCCCUCCAUGCUGACAGUUGCUAGAGGUGUUUGUGCUGAAAUGCCGUGUCAGGUUUUCUGUGCCUUCUGGCCAAACCUCUUCGCUUUGGUCUGCAAAGAAGUUUUACAAGUCUUGUGCCUUCUUCAGAUGCAGUUCUGCAAACAGAAGCUGUGUGUUUCUAGAGAGAAAAAGCUUUCUCCUGCAGCCCUCCCAAGCAAGCCAUACUUGUUCAGUCUUUUUCUAAUUGUUAGGGGGAGCUGCUCACACUUACUGAGGAUUAUUAAUCUGAGGAUCGAUCCUCAGCCCCUCUGAAUUCCUCUGGACGAAGCAAGCUUGGUCUUAGUUUAUUAACUCAUUGCUUCUGUGUUUUGGCUCAGUUUUUGUUUGAUAAUGACAUGCUGUAAUAUGUGAUAAGCUGUUUAUCAUUAAGGUCUAUAUUUACCUUACUUUAGGUUUAGCAGUGGAACAAGGGAGCAGAUGCGGGCACCCUUGCUUUUUUGUUGUUGUUUUUUUUGUUUUUGAAUCAGUCAAAACAUAAAAUGAAGGAAAGGGAAAUUGUGUCAAAGUUAAUCAACGACUCUAGCACAAGUCUUAUCAUUUUGAGGCCUUCUGUUAUGUCUGAACUGUUUCUGUUAACUAGCAUACAUUUCUCCCUUCAAAGCAUGUUCAACAACAAAAAUAAUAUUUUACUUAGCUAUAGAAACAAAGACCAAAGUUGUUAUACCUUUUCUAUUUUUAUAUAUGCAGUCCAUUUUUUUUUAUUUCCUGUGUGUUGGGAAGCUAUUUAUUUGCCUAAAUUAUUUAUCUGCAUUUAAAACACUUAAAGUGGAAAGUCUGCAAACUGUAUUUGAUUGACUAGUACAUAUUCCUUUUUUGACUGUUAAGUGCUGUUUGCUUGUGGUGAUGAGUACUUCAUGUUAGUGAAGCUUAAACUGUGUAUGUGGAUUCCAUCAGUGCC